CGCGUAUCCCCUUCCCUCCUGUCUACUUAGUAUGCGUCUGAUCCUGCCUGCGAUGCGCCCUUUAGCCCGACAGAUGUAUCUCCUUCCCCGCCAUAUCCCAAUAAGCGUCCACACACUCUUCCCACUUCUUCAUCUCCUCCUGACAUACCUCCUCGUCCAAAACCACCUCGACGCGCGCUUCGACGCCGCUACACGCUGGGCACCCGCGUUCCCCGCCGCCCGUAUGCGUUUCAUCACUAGUCUCAUUGCACUCGGCCUGUGGGGUAUGCUGCUUCCGGUCUGGGUACCGGUAUACGUCGUUUUCGGGCGGGCAUGCGGUUGUGGUUCGGCUAACCGAGCGGGGUACCAUCGCGUUGGAGCCAGUGAAAAUGAAGCCGAUUUGGAGCGUUCAAGCAAGGAGCUGUCCGUUCAGAAGCACCGUCGCCGCGCGCUAUCAGCUGCGAUACGCUGGCUCCCCGAGUCUCGGUUCUUGCUCGUCCUCAUCGUAUCCGCAUACAUCUCAUUCCUCAUCUUCGCCUACACGGCGAUGUGGUCUUACGCGGAGAAUCCGGCUGACUCCCGCUUCCGGCACGCAGUAACACAGGCCAACCGUGAACCAAGGAGGGAAGGGUAUGGAACGGGGGAGAAGAUCUUUCUCGCUGCCAUGUUCUAUAACAACGCCGAAGUGGUGCCUUACUGGACUGCAGAGGUCAUCAAAGCGAUCAAUUAUUUCGGACCGGACAACGUGUUUGUGUCCAUCGUCGAAUCGCAUAGCGGAGACAACACUGCCGACCUGCUCGAAUCCUUCGACGUGACCCUCACCUCGCUCGACAUCCCACACCGCAUUCUCACGCGCGACACCUCCAUCGAACGGCCACCGGGACCCGUCAUGUGGGAGUCGAAGCCAGGCCGCAUCGAGUACAUAGCGGCCGUGCGCAAUUUGGCGAUGCAGCCCUUGUUGGAGAUGGGCGGGUACACCCGUGUAGUGUUCAGCAACGACGUGUUCAUCGAGGCGGAGUCGAUCGUCGAGUUGGUGUGCACAAGAGAGGGCGACUAUGAUAUGGUCUGUGGGAUGGAUUUCGGUCCCUGGGGACUAUACGACCAAUGGGUCGCGCGGGACCGUUUGGGCAACUUCGUCUCAAGCGUGUGGCCAUAUCUCAUGGAGAAGACCGGAUAUCAGGCCGUCAAAACCGACGAACCAGCGCCGGUGUUCGCGUGUUGGAACGGAAUUGCUGCAUUUCACGCUGAUCCCUUCCUCCCAAUUCCUCUCCGCUCAGGAAAGCAGCUCUCGGCGACACCACUCUCUGCACCUCUUCCCCAGACUCAUCCGGAACUCAACUCGACAACGCGAGGAACGAGUCCUGCUUUGACCUCGCCUCUUCGAUUCCGUGCCUCAGCCCCCGGCGAGUGUUUCAGUGCCGAGUGCUUCCUGCUGCCGUAUGAUUUCCGGCGUCAGUUCGGGCUGACGAAAAUCUACAUGAACCCGCGAGUGAUCAAUGCAUAUCAGUGGGACUGGUAUGUGUGGUUCAAGUACGUCUCGCGGCACUGGCUUGUGAUGUGGUGGAUUCGCACGUUUGAGGAUGGGGCUGGGAUGUACCAGGCGCGUGUCAUGUUGGGUGACCCGGCCAAGGCUGAAGUCUGGGAUGGGGGAGAUUGUAUGCCGCUGACGACACUGCCACAUUUAAAACCCCUAACCCUCGAUCGCUUAGCCGGACCGAUCGAUCCGUUCCGGCUACCCCAGACACCGGAGCACAAUUGCCCUCAUGACGGCGCAGCUGUUCGCUUCAUCUUCAGACCAAUCAUGCCCCGCAUUUCAGAGGCUGGAAAAGCAAAACUCGACGCCAUCCUAACGGAUGCCUUCACCAGUAAAUCUCUACCGGCGAUGUUCCUGGGCGUCGCGGACGUGGAGGGACCGAUCUACAUGAACGCAGUGGGGACGCGGUGGUUCGAAGAUCCGAGCAGUGGUGACAUCGACGUCGAUACCGUCUUCACGAUAUUCAGCCAGACGAAGCUCAUCACGACGAUCGCGUUGCUGCAACAGAUCGAGCAGGGGAAGAUCAGCUUCGACACGGCGCUCGAGGAGAUCGUGCCCCAGUACGCCAAUCCGGUCAUCCUCACCGGCGAGAAGGACGAGCAGGGCAAGGCGACUUGGACUCCUGCUCGAGGGAAGAUCCUCAUCGGGCACCUGCUGAAUCACUCAAGCGGACUGGAUGGGUCGAUAUAUGCGCCGGCUGGGAUCCCUGUUCCGGAGGGAAUGUGGCCGUCGCCGACAACGCACGAUUACAAAGAUGAGCCGGACCCAAAGGCCAAGUACUUCUACUUGCUGAAUGGAUCGGGCGAGCUCCCGGGGCCGGCGCUGCACCACGAGCCGGGAACUGACUUCGCUUACGGCAUCUCCUCUGACGCUGCGGGAUUCGUGGUGGAGGCCCUGUCCGGAAAAACGCUUGAGCAGUAUUUCAAGGACCACAUCUUCAGUCCGCUGGGGAUCACCGCACCUUCCUUCCAUCGGACUCCGGAACUCGCAGCGAACUUCCUCCCCAUCCAUCUCCGUACGCCAGCAGGCACGUUCGUCCGGUGGACCGCUCCGCCGGUCGUGCCCUUCGAUGAGGAAACCGGGGAAGCAGAUAACGUUGGAAUUGAAGUCAAACUCAUGCACGGAGGUGCCGGAAUCUAUUCGUCACAGAAGGACUACCUCAAGAUCCUUCAACAUAUCUUGCGCAUCAAAACUCGUCGUGACACAACGGGCCUCCUUUCCCCGUCCUCCGUAGAUUUGAUGUUUGAGCCGACUCUCCCGCCGCUGGGUGCUAAAACGAUUAGCGAGCGCAUGUCCUGGAACCCGUACCUGAACCUCCCUGCAGGCUCGGCACAAUACAGCCACGGCCUAGUCCUCUUUACAGAGGAUCUCCCGGGUAAGCGGCGCAAGGGCACUGGUGCAUGGGGUGGAUUGGCUAUGACCAGCUACUUCAUGGAUCCUACAACGGGCAUUGCCGUGAUCUUUGGCACGCAGAUCCUGCCACCGAGAGACAAAGUGUAUGAGAAAGUUUACGGUGAGAUUGAACGCACGAUUUACGAUGCUAUCGAGGGAUGAAACUGUUUUGUAAUUGCUCUGUGUCUAUGCAUUGAAUUCAUCGGUCACGGACCAAAGCUACAACUACGACAAAACCCUGUGUUCCUUGAAGCGUUGAUUACCCUAUAUAACCUCCCAAAUGCCCUGUUGCCCUAGAAACGAUAGAAUGGCG